CCUAGCCCCAAGGAGGGAAACUAGAAGUACCAUCAUUUAACAUCUUUCGGUUUGACGCGGCCCGAGGAUUAAACCACCGACCUCCUGCUCCCCAGGCAGACGCUCUAUCCACGGUCGCAAAGAUGGAUAUGUUUAAAUCACUUCUGAAACUAAGCUAUUGUUGUGAAUUGGUUCAGGGUAUUUAUAACAAUGGAUGGAGCAAUAUUACCCUGGAUUGUCGAAGAUGGAGUGAAGAAUGCACACACAAGCUUACAUUGUCAGAAUGGGCCGUGUUGUAGAGUAUUCAAAACAGGAUUCGACAUAAAUUGUCCACCGAAAAGAGUAAAUAUCAUGUUCAGCUCUCAAUGCGAGACACAUGCUUAAAAUGUUUGAGUGCCUUCAUGAGCAUCCUGUCAAUUUAGUGUCCGAUUCAAACCUUUAAAUAAGUAUAUGACAGUGGUUCCUUUUUCUAAGAUUGACCCAGGCAACUCUCCCUGGUAGAGCCCAUGUGAUUUCUCGGCCCGGAGUGACCUACUACCUGGACCCGGCCCACACUGACCUCAGUAUCCAGCACUGCAUGAAGUGGUUUGACCGGGAAGCUGAAAAGGAAAGAAAAGAGCUGACAGGACGUGUGGCUCGAAUCCUGAUUUUCUACGGGGGUCAAGGAAGGGAUCAAAGUAAACAUUUGUCAAUAUUACAGGCGCUACCACUGGAUGCUGUUAUCUUUACGCCAUACGCUAGCCCCACUGAAGACUGCUGUACAGAUUAUAUCUAUGAAAAUGCAACCAAAGAGGAACAAUUCCAGAACGUUCUGUCUUUCAAAGAAUUCUGGGAAAAUACCACCGCGCCAACAGAGGGGAAAUGUUCUUGUAAACCAUGUGCGUCGUUCACAGCGCGAAGUUUCCCAGGGGCUCUCAUAGCCGCGACUGGUGGGCGUGACCUCAGCAUACGUGGCAUAGAUGAUUCUAUCUCGGAGGAUCUAUCAGACAGUUCUUGCAUGACGUCUUUGGGUGAUCGCUAUGGAGGUCCUGGAGUUUAUAACGAAGCAUCAAGGAAAGAUGGAAAAUCACUCGAUUGUCCUGAAUUGCCGGAGGGGGUUCAGAAGGCUGAUCAUGUUCAAAUUCUGAUAGUUGGUGGUUUCAAGAUAGUCGGACAUGGUCUGUGGUAUCUUCGUGCAAAACUAUUCUGAACUUGUUUUAAUUAAAUCUCAUAGGGGUUAUUUAGCAUGGCUAGCAAAGACAUAUGACUUAAUAUACAGCAUGUAGAUAGAUUUGGUUGGUUGGUUUGUUGUUUAACGCCGCACUCAGCAAUAUUCCAGCUAUAUGACGGCGGUCUGUAUAUAAUCGAGUCUGGACCAGACUAUCAAGUG